CGGCAUCACGGCUUCGCGCCCGGUCCCAAUCAUUCGGGGCGCGCGGUGAUCGCGUCGUCGUCAUCAUCAUCAUCAUCGUCAUCGUCGGGAGAUAUAUACCUCCCGGCGUCGCGAGUGCCGUUAACGUCAACAAGCAACCAACGACAUGUCGCUUCCCCGCGGCGUCGGCCUCGGCGUCGACGUCGGCCAACUGAUGCAGCACCAGCAGCAGCAACAGCAGCAUCACGUGCUGCCGGCCGCGUUCUUCCUGCGCGCCAGUGCCGAGAGAUAUCAGCGGACCCCCAAGUGCGCGCGCUGUCGUAAUCACGGGGUCGUGUCCGCGCUCAAGGGGCACAAGCGUUAUUGCCGAUGGCGGGAUUGCGUGUGUGCCAAGUGCACCCUCAUCGCCGAAAGGCAACGCGUCAUGGCUGCUCAGGUCGCCCUGAGACGGCAGCAGGCCCAGGAGGAGAGCGAGGCGCGCGAGCUGGGCCUGCAAUUGCAAUACAAUACCGGCAGCUGCACCACCGCUCCCGUUCUACCGGCGGCCGCCGGCGCGACGCCAGCUGGUAGCCCGCCCCCGCACCCGGCUCACGUAGCGAGUCCGGCGGGCCUCGCGAUACCCGCGGCGGCCGCGGCGGCCGCCGCCGCCGCCGCCGUUCACAUCCAGACGCAGCUCCAGCAUCAACCAGCCGAAUGCGGCCUCUUGCCGAGGAAGAGGUCCACCCAGGACGAUUACCGGCAGCCCAAGAUCGAGAAGAGCGACCCCGUCGUCGGAUCGAAGCGAUCCAGAGUCUCCGAGAGCACGACGGCAACGAUUCUGUCAACCAGUGACAUUGGUAACGAGGAUGAUCGUGAUUCCGAUUCUGGUGGCGAGCUCCGAGUCGAUCAUUCAUUAGUGGUGCCGACUUCGUCGGGGAUACCGGAAUCCGGCGAGGCGACGCUGAGAAAGCGCACCAGCAGCCUCAACGAUUCCGAGGACGGCAGUCCCGAACCGGGCUCGCAGAGCCCGACGCACACGCCGCCCUUGACGCCGGCCUUGACGCCCCAGAGGGAGGACACACCGGCGCCGGAGAACCUCAGCCUACGCAAGAGCGAUAGCCCCCCGCAGCAGACGCAACAGACCACCCUACAACCGGUGGACCUGGUGCAACCUAGGCAGAGUCCCCCGCUUCCCCCGUUAGCUGCCGCGGCGACGGUGCAUUUUCCUCCGUACGCGCCUCUUUACGGACCGACGGCGAGCCCGUUGGCGUAUUGCACGCCGGCGCUGUAUCAGCAUCAGCACCACCAUCACAUACCCGAGCCGCGAGAGAUUCAGAUGCAGAUGCAGAUGCAGAAUCUUCAGCAGACCUGCGGAUUGCAACUGCAGCAACAGCAGCAGCAGCAACAGCAGCAACGUUCGCCGGUGGACGUCCUGCUACGAGUGUUCCCCGGGAGACGUCGCGCCGACGUCGAAGCGCUUCUUCAUCGUUGCAAAGGCGACGUGGUGUCAGCUAUGGAGGUGUUGGUGUGCGAGGACAGCCUGCAGCCCAAAUCGGCGUUCUCGCCGCUGGCGGGCGCCCUGGCGUCGGCGGCCGCGGCGUCCGCCGCUUCCGUCUCGGCGUACGCGAGCCGAGCCGCUUACUGCACCACCCCGAUACCGUCGACGCGGCAUCGCUUCCUGGCCGCGCCCUACACCGGCACCGGCUACCUGCCCACCGUCAUCAAGCCGCCGAACCAGAGCCUGCACGCCAACGGCACCGCCGGCGACGCCUAUCGGGAGACCAGUCCCGACGACGCCAGCGACAAGACCAGCUACUCCGAGUGA